AUGGAACGGGAGGAAAAGGCUCAGGAGAGGGCCCAGGUUCUUCAUGCUCAGGCACACGCUGUUGAACUGGAGAAACUGAAAUGCACCGCCAAGAUACCCUUAGUUGCUCCUGUGCGAGGGACAGUGAACAUGCUGCGUGAGAAGGCUGAGGCCAUCGCUGCAGUACAGCAGCACACUAAGCCUGUUGCACUGGUUUCCCGCCUCUCAUUUGAGGAGCCGUUGUGUCCCUCUGAGAAAUCUGUUGUGAACCCUUCAGAGAAAAAACACAACUUUGAUAAGUUUGAAGAUAUUGAUCCAGAUCUGGUUAAAGGAGAGGUGUCUUUGGCAGUGCGGUCGGCUCUUCCAGUUCAAGGGGUGCAGGUGAUUUUGGGGAAUGAUCUGAUCGAUGGUCCAUUUUCUGAGUCUCCUCACUCAUUAGUUGUCACCUCUUUGCCAGCUCUUGGCCCGGUGGAGGUUGAGUCUGAGCUGGUAAAGGAGCAGCAGAGGGAUCCUGCUCUGAUAGAGCUGCUCCAGCAGGCGCGUCCAGUGGAGGAGAUGGAGAGUGUGGCGCAGGGGUAUUUCUUUGAAGAUGACAUGUUGUCUGUCAGUAUACUUAGGCCAGCUAUGGACUCAGCAGAAGCGGGGCGACUCUCAGAACUGUUGCGGAUCCAGGAAGCUCGUCUAACUCGCCAGGAAGAGUUCCAGACCGCCAUGGCUGUUAACAUGGGGCAACUCUCGUCUCAGAUCCAGGAAAUGCUGGGACAGCUCUCUCGCCAAAGCCCCGUCACUCCGACUCCGCCUCCUCCAGCCAUCCCGGAAGUACAAGCGGCAACUGGAGGAGCUCCAUGCAAACUAGCUGCUCCCACUAAGUACGCCGGCACCGUGAAGGUAGACGAGGCAACAGGGAACCCCGAACGGCGUCUAUGGAUUCAAAAUGGCCGACGCCGCACCGCGCGUCUCCAGAGAAGUCUUCUCCCCACACCGAAGAGGAACCCAUGCAAUUGGGAAGAGCUCGCAUAUCCUCGGAGGAAAGGCAGAGAAGAAGACAAGAGGGUAGAUGCUUUUAUUGCGGAGAAAUGGGUCACCUCGUCAACUCUUGUCCAGUCAAAAGGAUCCAGGGGGCCGGGAUCCAAAAACGUGAAACCCGAUGUGCUUUCCAGACUCUUUGAUCCCGAGCCAAGGGCCAAGCAGACCGAACCUAUCCUGCCACUGAACUGUGUGGUAGGAGCGGUGAGCUGGCCUAUAGAAAACGAGGUAAAGCAGGCUAAUGGUGGAGCCCCAUCGCCUCGUGGCUGUCCAGACAAUCGCCUAUUUGUUCCCGCAGAGCUACGGUCACAGGUGAUUCAUUGGGCUCACACCUCGCUGCUUUCAUGCCAUCCGGGGGUUAAACGAACCAUGUACGUCAUCUCCCGGAGAUUCUGGUGGCCAGCAAUGGAGUCGGAGGUCCGGGAGUACAUAGAGGCGUGUUCGGUCUGUGCUCGCAACAAAUCGUCGUCCAAGGCCCGACCAGGACUCUUACAGCCUCUACCCAUCCCAUCCAGACCCUGGUCGGAUAUCUCCCUGGACUUCGUCACUGGGCUCCCGGUCUCUCAAGGAAACACCACUGUUCUCACAGUGGUGGAUCGAUUCUCUAAGAUGGUACGUUUCAUUGCACUCCCGAAACUACCAUCAGCCAAAGAAACAGCAGAACUCAUGAUGACGCAAGUUUUUCGAGUCCACGGAUUCCCUAAGGACAUUGUAUCAGACCGGGGGCCCCAAUUCAUAUCCAAAUUCUGGAAGGAGUUCUGCAAGCUGAUUGGGGCCACAGCAAGCCUGACAUCAGGUUACCAUCCAGAGGCUAACGGCCAGACCGAACGACUGAAUCAACAGUUGGAAACCGGCCUCCGAUGCGUGGUCCACCAGAACCCCUCGACAUGGAGCAAACACCUGGUCUGGGUUGAGUAUGCCCAUAAUUCACUACCAACUUCUGCUACUGGUCUCUCUCCAUUUCAUUGUGCUUUCGGUUAUGCACCACCUCUCUUUCCAGACAAUGAAAAGGAAGUCUCGGUUCCCUCAGCAUAUGCCAUGAUCCAACGAUGUCGCCGCAUCUGGGCAGCUGCCAGACAGGUUCUCAUUCGGCAGGGAGAUCGUGUAAAGAAGUAUGCAGAUCGGAGAAGACGCCCAGCUCCUGAAUACCAGCCCGGGCAAAGGGUUUGGUUAUCGGCCAAGGACCUCAACCUCAAUGUGCCUUCUAAGAAACUGGCACCUCGUUUCGUAGGGCCAUUCCCAGUCACCAGGAAGGUUGGACCUGCAGCAGUUCGUCUACGUUUGCCUCGGUCCCUGCGUGUACAUCCCACAUUCCACGUCAGCCAGGUCAAGCCGGUAAAGGAAAGUAGGUUGGUGCCUACCACCACGCCCCCACCACCACCCGAGGUCAUCGAAGGAGGUCCAGUUUAUAAGGUCAAGCGUCUACUAGCAGUCCGGAACCGGGGCCGAGGCAGACAGUACCUGGUGGACUGGGAAGGAUAUGGCCCGGAGGAACGGCAAUGGGUGCCAUCUCGACAUAUCGUAGACCCACAGUUGAUAACGGACUUCCAUAAGGACAAUCUCGAUCAGCCUGGGCCGUCAGGAGUCGGCCCUAGAGGGGGGGGUACUGUCACAUCGCGGUGAGGUUGUCUUGUCUUGGGAUCUGUCUUGUGAACUUCCUGUUUUAUUUUGAAAUUAACUCUCCUUUCGUUUCAGGUCACUUGCCCUUCCUUCUGUGUCCCUGGU